UCAGCUUCUGUCUCUGUUUGUCUUCCGCUGCACAGACAGUGAGUCUCUUCACUCCUUCACCUCCUGAUUCUCUCUGGUUUUCAUUAACCCUUCGUGCGCUCACUUUGUGCUCGUUCAUAUUUUUGUUUUCUCAGAUUCUCUGAAAACCGCGAACGUCCGUCUGACCAGGUGACAUCAUGGUGUUCCAUCCAGAGUUUGAGCGUGCGGGUCAGAAGGCGGGGCUUCAGGUGUGGCGGGUGGAGAACAUGGAGCUGGUUCCUGUCCCUGAGAGUUUGUACGGAGGGUUCUACAGCGGAGACGCUUACGUGGUUCUCCGGAGCACCGAGAACCGCUUAGGAACCCUGCGGUACAACCUGCACUACUGGCAAGGGUCAGAGUGCUCUCAGGACGAGAGCGCGGCGGCGGCCAUAUUUACAAUACAGAUGGACGACUUCCUGGAGGGGGCGCCGAUCCAGUACCGGGAGGUCCAGGACCAUGAGUCUAGUACCUUCAGCGGAUACUUCAAGACCGGACUGAAGUAUAUGAAAGGGGGCGUGGCCUCAGGAUUUAAACACGUGGUGACCAAUGACGUGCAGGUUCAGAGGCUGCUGCAGGUCAAAGGUCGACGUGUCGUCAGGGCAACGGAGGUCACUGUCAGCUGGGACAGCUUCAACCAAGGAGACAGCUUCAUCUUGGAUCUGGGACAGGAAAUCAUCCAAUGGUCUGGUUGCCAUAGUAACCACUUUGAGAAGCUAAAGGCCACCAUGGUGUCAAAGGGUAUCCGUGACAACGAGCGAUGUGGGCGGGGCCAGCUGCUGCUCUGUAAUGAGGGGGAGGAGCCAGAGAGGAUGUUGCAGGUCCUGGGGGAGAAGCCGGAGCUUCCUGACGCUCACAGCGAAGACGCCAAGAUAGACGCCUCCAACAGGAAGUUGGCGCGGCUCUACAGGGUGUCCAACGCUGAUGGGGACAUCGAGGUUACCAUGGUAGCAGAGCACAACCCGUUCUCCCAGAAUGCUUUGCAGUCCACUGAGUGUUUCAUUCUUGACAACGGAGCCAACGGAGUCAUCUUCGUCUGGAAAGGUCCAAACAUUAAGACCAGUUUGAGACCAGUAAGACUGGUCUCAGGGACCAGUCUUACUAGUCUCAGACCGGUCUGAGACCAGUAAGACUGAGGAGGUGUAGUCUGUAACCUGACUGGUUGAUGAGAGGGAGUGCUGGUUUACCUGUGUAGGUGUUCAGCUAAUCCAGAAGUCAGUAAUCUGCUGGCAGAACACUCAGGUUUACUCAGGUACACUCAGGUUC